UUACCGCAGCACUUUGCUGCCCAGACCGAAACUACUACAUGUUUACAGCUCCGCGUCGCCCGCCAGGUAGUCUCCGGCUCCUUAGCCGCGAAUGAGAGCGAUCGACGGCUGUGCCUCGGCUUCGGAAUGCCCCGGAGAAAGAAGACCGACCAGAGCCCGGCCAGGCUUACCGACGGGCCGCCGCCGCCGGAAUGGGGAAGCCUCGGUCAAAACACGGGCUACCACACUCAGCCUCAGAGACAGCAGGCUGAAGCUUCGAGCUACUUCAUCCCCUCCAGCGCGUCGAUCUCCGCCGAGGACAAGGAGAAAGUCGUGAAAAGCAUGCAGGAGAUGUUCUCACAUCUGGACCCAGACGUCAUUUACAUCGUGCUGGCCGAGUGUGAUUUUAAAGUUGAAAAUGCGAUGGACUCGCUCCUGGAGCUGUCUGUGGCUGCUGAAGUGGCGGCGCCGGCCCCUCCUCCUGUUUCUGGUUUCGAGCGGACAGCUGCGGUCCUGCUCAGUCCUCGUCACUUUUCUGAAGGGAGGUCGGACCCAGGUUUCUCUGAACCCUCUCAGCGACCGUCUUCUCCCUCCUCCGAGAACCUUCUGACAGAAGACCUUGACCUGUUGGUUGAUCAAGAGCUAGAGACUCUAACUGCACAGCAAGAUGCCAAGGAAAAGCACUACAACAGCAAGUAUUUAGAAGGGGACGCAUCCAUUUCCUCUUUCCCUCCACCGCCUUUUACCCAGCAGGCUCUCCCUGAGCUGCUUCAGUCCAGCCUGGAGUCUGGCUCUCAGGGGCCUUUUGCAGAUCAUUCAGGCUCCGUGGGGAGGUCAGAGGACCGUCGGCCUAGAGCCUCUUCCCCGCUCAACCAGCUCAGCACAUGGGGAGAUGAGCCUGCAGAAGGCCAGCAGCCCGUGGUUGAUUUUACACACCUGAUUGCAGACAAAUGUCCAGACAAUGCAAAGCCUCCUUUCGACCUGGGCCCUUCAGGACGUCCUUCAGCUUUUCAGGCGUACAAAAAGCAAGAGCCGUCACAGGUCCCUUCAGAGCGACCCGGCCUUGAUGAAAUAGGAGGAGCGAGGUCAAAGAUAAACGCACUUAAUCAGGAUCUGCAUAGUAGCGGGCCAUCACCCUGGAAUUUGAAGGCACCGGUAUUUUCUCCUCGUGGCCAUGAAAACCAAGGCUCAUCGCUCAUUAACCCCGGGGCUCAGACACAUCCUAACUGGCCUGGCCAGCCCAGACACAUGUCUCCGUGGCCCGGCAGUCAAGCACCCCUCAAACCUAACGCAGCCAUUCCAAAGUCUUGGAAAAUGCCUGCUGCUCCGCAGGCUCCUAACAACAGACUUCGAUUGGAAGGGAAGGUACUCGUACUAUUGCGAGGGGCGCCCGGAUCUGGCAAGUCGACUUUGGCGAGAGCGUUGUUAGACCAUAACCGAGGCGGAGUGGUUCUGAGCACUGAUGACUAUUUCAUUCGAAAUGGACGAUAUGCGUUUGACCCCACUGCGUUGGGAGAGGCCCAUGACUGGAACCACAAACGAGCCAAGGAGGCUUUUGAGAGGGGAAACAACCCCAUUAUCAUUGACAACACCAACAUGCAGGGCUGGGAGAUGAAACCCUAUGUUGCUCAGGCGCUGAGACAUGGAUAUAAGGUGCUGUUCAGAGAGCCGGACACUUGGUGGAAGAACAAGCCCAGAGAGCUGGAGAGGCGUACCGCGCAUGACGUGCCAGUCGAAACAAUCCGCCGUAUGCUCAGUGGGUAUGAGCGCUUUGUCACGGUCCAGGGCAUCAUGGGCUCACAUAUGCCGGAAUGGAAACAGCGACUCAUUUUGGAGAACAAGGACAACAAAGGCUCACAGCCACCAUCGUCUGAAACGCCUUGCCCUGACCUUGUAGAUCAGCCUGGCUUGACCGAGGGGUGUAAGAAAUCCCGCCCCCAGCUCUUUUCCUCCCUCCCUGAUGUAUCCUCCAUUGGCCACUCUCAAGAAGGGAGAAAGUUAGAAGACGGCAGCCACAAAUCCACAGAGUCGCUAAAGAUCCAACUCGGCGACAAACCCGCUGAUGAACCUAACAUUUCUGAUGGUGACGACCUCGAUCUGGGCGAGUUAGAUUCUGAGCUGGAUGCACGGCUGGCCGCAAAUAACUCAGCCGUAGACCAGAAAAUCCCAGAUUGUAUUGUGGAAUCAGUGAUGAACGAAGAACAGUGUGGGGCAGAGAUUCCUGUGGCUUUCGCAGAGUCUAUUGCACAAAGAGUUAAGAGAGAAAGAUCAAGCAGGAGAUCUGAUUUUGAAAAGAUGGAUCCUGUAGAUCUUGUUAAAGAUACUAACCAGUUACAGAGUAAGACAACAGAGAAAGAAAGUACCAUGGAAGAAAAGGCAGAAGGGGUUGAAAAUGUAAGGCUGGAAGAAGAGGCAGUGACGUCCAAGUCGUUAGAUUUUGUGGGAGACUGGCCUUCAGAAAAUCCUCUAAAGCAGCGACAGAUUAAGAAAAGAGGCCAUAAAGCAGCACACGAGCAAGGAAAUGACAGUGCCUCAGAGGAAGGUCCUGACAAAAUGGCAGGCGUGCAUUCAGGUCCCAAUGUUGCCGAGUUUCAGAAGCUUCUUGACCUUAUCCAGACUGGCAUAGUAGCAGAUCAGACUGAAUCUGUCUGUUCGCCCUCUCUUUCGCCAAGCUCUGGAGAAAAGGAUGUGGAGGAUGAGGCAGGAAGCAACUCUGAGGAUUCUCACUGUGAAGAGAGAGAGCGGGACCUCAAGCCGAUCCGAGGUGAAUUACCAGACUGUGUGUUGGACUGGAAAGCAGCUGACUCUUGUGGAGCCAGGGAACCAAGAACUGAUAGCUUGGAAGGACCCAGAAAGGAAGAUGAAGUGACAGAGAUUGCUGCAGAAACUAUGUCCGUGGAUCCAAAAUCAACCAACUUGUUAAAUUCUUCUGAAGCUCUCACUGAUUUGUCAGUUGUCUCCAAAACUCCAGAGUUGAGUCAUAAUGGCGCUGACAGCCAUUGUUCCAACAGUGACAAUGGUACAGAUGUGGACUUGAACGUGGGCCCAGAUCUUGACAGAGAGAGUAGAACCAAAGCUCUUGAAGGUAGUAAUGAUGAGACGUGUCAGACUCCUGUGUGUGAAACAGAAAACAGUGUUUUGACUGAAGGCAGUCAGGAGAGGAAGCAGCGUCAGGGUCGUAGAUCAGGGAAGCAGUGCAAGCUGGCCCUUACCUUCACUCAGAACUACCCCGACUCCCCCUCCAAUACUAUCGAAUGCCCUAAUGCGUCCCCACAAAGUUUAGAUGACAGACCAAUCAGUAGGACGUCAGAUGUUGCUCCGAGUUCCAACCCAGCCUCCGGUCUUGACCUCUCACCGAAUCUUGAGCCGUUCACAGAGUCCAAAUCUGAGGUAGACGCGCAGCCACCUGCCCCUCCUCUCCCGGAGGACACCGGCUGCUUUACUCAGACAGAACCUCAAGACUUCGCUCUUCUUUGGCGACUCAAUCGCCAAAACAGCGCCAAUGACGCGGGCGUUGCCGCCGGCAGCCACUGCGGUGACGUCACUGUCGUCUCCGGCGACUCGUCUCGUUUCGUGCCAGAGCUGUCCUCUGCGGUGUCUGCCGCCGCCGCAGUUCACCCGUCCGGCCACCGAGAGGUACCCUACCGCGUGGUGCACGAAAAAGGCACGCAGGUGGAGGAGAAGGAGUUCGGAGUGACUCAAGAUCACCUGGAGAGUCUGCGCAUUCUCAGUCGCCAUUUCAAACUCGUCAGUUUCGACACGUUAGAGGAUCUGUAUGAGAAAUGCCAGCAGGACCUAGAGUGGACUACGAACCUCCUGUUGGACUCGGGGGAGAGGUUCUUUAGAGAUGAAGAUAUCGUGGAGGAGGAGAAUGAAUGUGCAGCCGACAAAGCGUCUCAAUUGAGUGAAGCUUCACACGACGCCGCAGAACCCAGUUUAUGUCCUGCCGUGUUAGAGGAGCGUCGUCAUGAGGAUGAGCCAGCUGUGAUUAAGGACGCGGCUCAGCCGCCGACCUGCGAAGGAGUCAGUGAAUCAGGGGAGAGUGCAAAUAACACAGAUCAGCCUGAUGCAUCCGCAGACGUAGAAAAAUCAUCAAAAACAGAGGAGGAGAGAUCUGACCACACUGGCAAAGCGAAGCCACAGCCCGACUUAGAGGGUGGUGCUUGGGGCGGGAGCUUAGAUGAUGAAGUUAUAAUCGAAGAGUUGAGGGUUGAGGAUGACAUUGCCAGCAUGGACGAGGUCAACCGGGUGCUGCAGGCUGAGCUGGACCAAAUGGAGAGAGAGGAGAAGCAGAGGAAAGAGCGGAGUCGCGGACAUCAUCUCAAUAUUCAGAGCGUGGAGAUAAAGCUGCCCACGGAGCUGGCCCUGCAGCUCACCGAGCUGUUUGGUCCUGUCGGAAUAGAUCCAGGUGCAUGCUCUGCUGAAGACUGCGCUGUGCUGAUGGACCUGAAUUUGGCCAAAUUACUCCACCAGAAGUGGAAGGAAACCAUCCAGGAACGUCAAAAACAAGCAUCGCUUUCCUUCCACUUGCUGCAGGAAAGUAUGGCCCGUUGGGAUGAGUUGCAGGGAACCAAAACGGGGCAGCGAGAUCGAACGCCACCGGUAAAUUUCCCUACAAACACAGAUGGAAGCACGUCAGUGGACGGCCGGCCGGAGGCUUGGGGUCAGCUGCCGUUCAUGGACCACUGGAAUACGUCCCGUCCACACAUCUCUCUCCGAGAUAUCAUACAAGAGGAACAGGCUUUGCAGAGUAAUGUGGAACAGACCAGAAAAAGUCGUGCAGACCUCGAUCGACGUGAUGGAGCCACAUUGCUGAAAGAGAACCAACUGUUCUCCCUUUUUCCCAACAUAGACAGGCACUUCCUGCUCGACAUCUUCAGAGACCACAAUUACAGCCUUACACAGACGGAGCUGUUUCUUCGCUCUCUGCUGAUUGAGGAGCCUGUAAAAACAGUCGUUGCCCCAGAAGCUCCUCGAUCUGACAGCUACAGAGCAACCAGCAAGGAGCGCGAAAAGAGGCAGAAGGCUUUAGAAGUCCUCGUAGCUGUGCCUGAUUAUCAGGACACAGAGGACCCAGACUACGAGGACUUCAGGGCUGAGGCCAAUUUACAAAGGAAGCGUCAGCUGGAGAGUUUCUCAAAGGCUGCGGAGGCCUACAAGCAAGGUCGCAAAGAAGUAGCCUCAUUUUAUGCACAGCAGGGACACCUGCAUGGUCAGCGGAUGCGUGAGGCCAAUCACCGCGCAGCAGCUCAGAUAUUUGAGAGGGUCAAUUCAUCACUGCUGCCCAACAACAUCCUGGACCUCCACGGGCUCCAUGUGGACGAGGCCCUCCAGCACCUGGCUCGGGUCCUACAGGACAAAACUGCAGACGCUGAACAGGGUCUGUGUCGGCCUCAGCUCUCUGUCAUCACAGGAAGAGGGAACCACAGCCAGGGGGGCGUGGCCCGCAUCCGCCCUGCUGUUGUAGACUACCUCACUAACAAACACUACAGGUUCACGGAGCCAAAACCGGGUCUUGUUCUGGUCUCUUUGAAGUGAGAAGAACUCGUUUGUUGGAUCCAAACUGAAGCUGCUAUGGAGGACAGUUCUUUAUCUGUACUCCACUUCCACAAUGCCACAAUGCAAUCACUAUUACGUAGAAAUGAUUGUUCACAUAAUUAAAGCAAUGGGAAUGUAUUAGUUCAGCUGAGGCCAGUCUGUUGGAUCCUAAACUCCGACACGUAUUUUUCUCUGUCUGUAAUUAUAUUUUACAUUACAGGUAAUGACAAAGAACGAAGUUUCAUUAUUCAAUUUACCUCAUAUUUGAUCAUUUAUGAGUUAGUCUUGUAAAGGGUCUGUUUAGCCGAUCCCUCCUACACCGGUUGCAACAAUCAUUGCAACUUGUGCCAUAAUUUGAGUAACGUUGACGCUAACACGUUUUGAACCAUGGCCCCCCAAUAUACAAGGUCAAGACUUAACGCACAUAGCAGGAUAAUGAAUAAGUGAAUAGUUGCCAGUUUGGGUUUUACUGGAGGGACAAGAAUUUUAAGAAAGGUUGAUUUGAACAAUGAUUAAACGUUAGGCAGGUUUUAAGUGAGAUAAUAUAAAGCGUUUGAUGUGGGUUUUACUGUUAAGUUCUAAACACAAAUGUUUCUACAGAUGAGAGUGAGGUUUUGUUUUUGUUUUUUUUCUUCUUUUCUUGAAUGUACUGUUGUCUUGAAGCUACAUGGGCAACAUGACAAGCGUGAGCUACGAGUACUGAAAUUUAAUCUCAGGAAAUACAGGAAACAACGUUUGUUGUUUGUAAGUUGGAUGUUUUCAGCUGGCAUUCUUGUAGCUUUUUUUUUAACAUUUUGUGCCAAAUUUGUAGCAUCUUUUCUUCGGGAUCUAAAGUAAUUUUAGAUAAAUACAUGUCUAUGUAAAUAAGUAAUAAUUCUGUUUUUCUACCUGUGUAAUACUUUAUAAUGCUGCAGAAAUGUAAAUGGGAUGAUUUUACUUAAUGUUGUUCAUAGUGCUGGAAACAAAUUACAUAUGUAGAGAAUAUUGUAUUUUUAUAUUCCUCUGUUCAUAUGUUUUUACAAAAAGUAUUGAAUUGUGGAAUAAAAUAUAUUUGCAUAC